AUGGCUGGUCUUAGGAAACCCACUGAAUACGACUGGAAGGACUCAAAUGUCGAAGCCUUCGGCUCAAGCCAGGACAGGGAGGAUCUACCACCGCCCCUAAUGUCCGGACUCACUAAACCCGAUGAGUAUGCCUGGAAGGACUCCAACAUGGAGCUUUUUGGCUCGUCUGUCGACAGACAAGUCAAAAAGGAGUCUGCGAUGACCGAGAAGUGCUGGGAACCUGUUGGGAAGGCAACGCAACCCUUCUUGAUGGUCUGGCGCGUCAAUAAAUUCAAGCUUGAAGUGGUGCCGAAAGAUGAGAUUGGCAACUUCUAUAAUGGCGACUCGUACGUCGUCUGCAAAGCCACCAAAAGUCCUGAUGGGAACAAACUCCUCUACAACGUCCACUUCUGGAUUGGUCGACACAGCACCGCCGAUGAAUAUGGCACUGCGGCUUACAAGACCGUUGAACUAGACACUUAUCUUGACGACGCGGCUAUUCAACACCGCGAAGUUGAAGGCUACGAGUCUGACCUAUUCAAGUCCUACUUCGACAAGCUUGUCAUCCUGAAGGGUGGCUAUGAGUCCGGUUUCCGCCAAGUCAAGCCAGAGGAGUACCGACCUCGGCUCUUGCAUUUCUGCAAGGAGGGCAGGAUCACAUACAUGCGACAGGUCACCUUCAGCAAGAACUCCGUUAACUCGGGUGACGUCUUCAUCCUCGACUUGGGCUCCAGGGCCUACCAAUUCAACGGCUCCACUUCCUCGGCCUUCGAGAGGAGCGCCGCGGCUGCGUUCCUGCAGGACCUCGAGAGUAAACGCAACGGGCGCUGCUCAACAUCUGUCCUCGAAGAGUCUUUGACUCCCAAAGAUGCAAGUUGCCAGCAACCAUGGCACGAAUUCUGGACGUCUCUGCCCGACACACCGUCUGAGGUAGACGAACCUCCAAAAGACAUCAUCAAAUCUCUCUACAGGGUCUCCUACGAUUCUGGCAAGAUGGAGUUGACUGUUGUGAGUGAGGGAAAAGCCGCCAAGAGCGACAUCAAGUCGGAUGACGUCUACAUGAUCCUCUCCAAGCAAGGCCUCUUCGUCUACAUUGGCAAGGACUGCUCCCCUGUGGAGAAGCGAAAUGCCCUCUCCAAUGCUCACAACUUCCUAAAGUCCAGCUCAACUCCUUUCCUGCCAAUCACAGUUGUCACUGACGAGCAGGCGGAGUCGUUCUUGCGGGGCGUUUGGGACGAGUAG